AUGUUAACCAGGGCACGUGUUCUGUUCGAUUUUGUCAGUACGCUGUUACGCAUUGCGUGCGGAUUGCUUCUAUUCGUGGUGCAACACAAAUGGAUACGUUUCUGGCCACCGUCCGUUCGUCCAGUGGUUAGUGUGAAGCAGGGUAAGGUUCGAGGCGUUACCUCGACCUUGCCGAAUGGGGGCCAGUUCCAUUACUUCAAGGGCAUCCCGUACGCUGAGCCACCGGUUGGGAAGCUACGCUUCAGGCCACCGGUUGCUCUGGAACGGUUCCGCAAACCUGUCGUUGAUUGUUACGCUGAGCGGGCCAAUGGAGUGCAGAAAGAUUUCUUCUCACCGGUUGUCAGUGGUGUCGAAUCGUGCCUCUACCUAAACGUGUUUACACCCCGACUACCCGGCGAAGCCGACACAACCAAAGGAGUUCCUCGGCUACCAGUGAUGGUGUACAUCCAUGGCGGUGGCUUCAUGAGCGGCAGUGGUAGCAGUCUGUUCUACAAUCCGGAAUACUUCAUCCAACAGGAUGUGGUCAUCGUCACCAUCAACUAUCGGCUCGGGCCGCUCGGAUUUCUCUGCCUUCCGUCCGCGGGCAUCCCGGGAAAUGCGGGCAUCAAAGAUCAGCUGCUCGCACUGAAAUGGGUAAAUGAAAACAUUGCUCAGUUCGGUGGCAAUCCGGAUAAUGUAACAUUGUUUGGCGAAAGUGCCGGCAGCAUGUCGACAUAUUUACACUACCUAUCGCCGAACUCGAGGAAGUACAUCCAUCGAGCGAUAUGCCAGAGUGGUGUGGCCGUUACGGACUCGUUCUUUCAGGUGGAGCCGGAAGUGAAGGCACGCAAACUGGCGCGAUUUUUCGGCUACACCGGUGACACCGAUCAGGGCGUGCUUGAAACACUCGAAAAGGUGCCAGCAGCGGAACUGGCGAAACACCAAAACGAAGCGAUCAGCGAGGCAGAGAAGCUGCUGGCCCUAAUUUUUAUCUUCCGCCCGGUGAUCGAACAGCGCCAGACAGAUGACAGUAUCAUAACGCAACACCCUAGGGAUAUCCUAAAGUCCUACGAUACGCUGCGAAUGCCAUUGAUGGAAGGAUGCAAUGAUGGCGAAGGUAUUUUGGCCCUGCGCACCUUGGGCAAACGAUGGAAGUCGUUCGGUAAGACACCGGAACGGUUCGUGCCGGUGUUGUUGGGCAGGUCCCCUGAGCUGGACCGAGGUGUCGUAGGACGCGAGAUCCAGCAGUUCUACUUUGGUGAUCGUCCCGUAAGCGAACGCACGAUCGAUAAUAUGCGCGAUGUCAUGUCCGAUAACACGUUCAUCACAAACUCGGUCACCAGUGCCGAAUGGUUGGCAAAGUUUCAGCCCAAUGCGCCCCACUUUCACUAUCGCUUCACGUAUGAUGGUCAGUUUAGUUUACUCAAACGCAUCUUUAUGCUUUCCAACGUGCGCGGCGCUUGCCAUGGCGAUGAUACGCUGUAUAUGUUCAAGUACGUUAUCUUAAAUCCGAACAAGAUCGGUGUAGUUUCAUGUUUCGCAAAGUAUGGCGAUCCAACCCGUGACGUGCCCUCCGAUUUGGUACCGGUGCGGUGGGAACCAGUUCGAAAGAUUGCACGCGAUUCGGAUGACUUCCAGCUGGACUGUCUAGAGAUUAACACCGUACCGCGAAUGAUUGGUACGAUGGUGGAAUGGAACAAUUUGUGGCAGUACGUGCUAGCGGUGGUGCGAUUAGGAAGAGGGGUCAUCGCGUUCCUGUUGUAUCAUCUCCACGUGCGACUGCGUCCUCCACGGGACUGUCCGGUCGUCACCGUACGGCAGGGUCAUCUGCGUGGUAUUUCAGCCCGCCUUCCCAAUGGCGCUCGUUACUAUUACUUCAAGGGAGUGCCGUACGCAGAAUCCCCAGUUGGGAAGCUACGCUUUAAGGCUCCAAUUCCUUUGGAACGGUUCCGGAAACCUGUUCUGAACUGUUAUGCGGAACGGAGCGACUUUAUUCAGCUCGAUUUCUUCUCUGGUUUUGUGUUUGGUUCGGAAAGUGGACUCUACUUGAAUGUCUACACACCCCAUCUUCCAGCGGAUGGGGAAGAAACACCGAGCAAAGCAAACGGACUACCAGUGAUGGUGUUUUUACACGGUGGAGGUUUCGUAUGUGGAAGUGGUAGCAGUCUGUUCUACAAUCCGGAGUACUUUUUGCAACGCGAAGUACUCGUCGUCACCAUCAACUAUCGCCUGGGUCCGUUUGGGUUUCUUUAUCUCCCCGAAGCCGGCAUCGAGGGAAACGCGGGUCUUAAAGAUCAACUGAUGGCACUCCGUUGGAUCAAUCAAAAUAUUACAUGCUUCGGCGGCGAUCCAACCAAUGUAACGCUGUUCGGUGAAAGUGCUGGCAGUUUCUCGGCGUAUCUGCACAUGCUCUCACCUAACUCAAGGAAAUAUUUUCAUCGAGUUAUCUGCCAGAGUGGGGUCGUCUGCUCGAGCUCUUUUAUGCAGGCAAACCCCCUAGAGAUGGCCUUCAAUCUGGCGCGUCAUUUUGGGUACAGCGGAACAAGUCAACAGGGCGCGCUAGAAACCCUGCAACAAGUUCCAGCAAAACUAUUAGCCACUCACCAGCGUAAAGCCCUCGGAAAGGGUGCAGAAAAAAAGGCAGAUCUUGUUUUCAUCUUUCUCCCAGUCGUGGAGCAAGCGCUAACGGAGCACUCAAUCAUUCAUCAAGCUCCAGAAGUGCUACUUAAAUCGUAUGACACACUCCGUAUGCCCCUACUGGAGGGCUGCAACGAUGCGGAAGGCAUCCUCGGACUGUACAUUUUACGAAGCAAGACGCACGCGGAAGACAUACGACAUCUUCCCGGUCGCUUGACGGCAAAGCUAUUCCGUCAUCUGACACCCACGGAGCGGACCGAGGUGACGAACAGGAUACGCCAGUUUUACUUCUCCGACGAACCACCGUCCGCGUGGUCGACCGAUCAGAUCAAGCACCUGUUCACGGAUGUGAUCUUCAUGAUGGAUUCCGCCAUUAACGCCGAAUGGUUGGCCAAAUAUCAGCCGAACCUUCGGCACUACCAUUACCGCUUCACGUACGACGGUCGGUUUAGUUUGCUGAAGCGGUUGUUCUCCAGUGCGACCGUUACGGGUGCAUGCCACGGUGACGAUUUGAUGUACAUGUUCAAUCCUAUGUUUUUACCAAACUUUACACCUUCAAGUGAUGAAUGUCGAGUGCGUGAUAAUUUCGUAGCACUGUGGACCAGUUUUGCCAAGCAUGGAGAUCCGUCAGUCGAUUCGCGCGACGUGGUGGAUGUGCAGUGGCACCCAGUAGGGAAAAUUCCUCGCGAUGGCUCGAAGAACUUCCAGCUCGACUGUCUCGAGAUCAAUGUGCAGCCGAAAAUGCUGAUCGAUCCGUGCAGGGAACGAGCGUACUUUUGGCGAAAGCUACUAGAAACUCAUCAAACGAGUCACUGUUGACAGCAGGAAGAACAUUUUUGUGAUAACCGGUGGUUUCGUAGCAGUUAGCGGAGUAAGGUAACUUCCAGACGUUAGAAUAGCAUCUAAGGCAUUCAGUACAUGACAUUGGACAAACAGAUAUCAAAUGUCUGA